AUGAGGAGUAAUCUGAACAGUUCUGCUUCUCCCCCAGAUGACGUAGAUAUUUAUAUUAGUACCUCCCUCAGUCUCAGGACGCUCCCUCAGUCUCAGGACGCUCCCUCAGUCUCAGGACGCUCCCUAAGUCUCAGGACGCUCCCUCAGCCUCAGGACGCUCCCUCAGCCUCAGGACGCUCCCUCAGUCUCAGGACGCUCCCUCAGUCUCAGGACGCUCCCUCAGCCUCAGGACGCUCCCUCAGCCUCAGGACGAUCCCUCAGCCUCAGGACGCUCCCUCAGCCUCAGGACGCUCCCUCAGCCUCAGGACGCUCCCUCAGCCUCAGGACGCUCCCUCAGCCUCAGGACGCUCCCUCAGCCUCAGGACGCUCCCUCAGUCUCAGGACGCUCCCUCAGUCUCGGGUCGCUCCCUCAGUCUCGGGUCGCACCCUCAGUCUCUGGUCGCACCCUCAGUCUCUGGUCGCACCCUCAAUCUCAGGACGCUCCCUCAGUCUCUGGUCGCUCCCUCAGUCUCUGGUCGCACCCUCAGACUCAGGACGCUCACUCAGCCUCAGGACGCUCCCUCAGCCUCAGGACGCUCCCUCAGUCUCAGGACGCUCCCUCAGUCUCAGGACGCUCCCUCAGUCUCAGGACGCUCCCUCAGUCUCAGGACGCUCCCUCAGCCUCAGGACGCUCCCUCAGCCUCAGGACGCUCCCUCAGCCUCAGGACGCUCCCUCAGCCUCAGGACGCUCCCUCAGUCUCAGGACGCUCCCUCAGUCUCUGGUCGCUUCCUCAGACUCAGGACGCUUCCUCAGACUCAGGACGCUUCCUCAGACUCAGGACGCUUCCUCAGACUCAGGACGCUUCCUCAGACUCAGGACGCUUCCUCAGACUCAGGACGCUUCCUCAGACUCAGGACGCUUCCUCAGACUCAGGACGCUUCCUCAGACUCAAGACGCUUCCUCAGACUCAGGACGCUUCCUCAGACUCAGGACGCUUCCUCAGACUCAGGACGCUUCCUCAGUCUCAGGACGCCCAUCAGUUUCCUGAAUCCCUCAGUCUCAGGAUGUUCCCUAAGUCUUGGGUCGCUCCCUCAGUCUCUGGUCGCUCCCUCAGUCUCGAGUCGCUCCCUCAGUGUCUGGUUGCUCCCUCAGUCUCCCUCAGUCUCUGGUCGCUCCCUCAGUGUCUGGUCGCUCCCUCAGUCUCCCUUAGUCUCUGGUCGCACCCUCAGUCUCUGGUCGCACCCUCAGUCUCUGGUCGCACCCUCAGUCUUGCGACGCUCCCUCAGUCUUGGGUCGCUCCCUCAGUCUCUGGUCGCACCCUCAGUCCCAGGACGCUCCCUCAGUCUCAGGAUGCUCCCUCAGUCUCAGGACGCCUCCUCAGUGUCUGUGUCCCGCCCACCAGCGUCCUGCCCAGCGCACCCCAGGCACAGCUGCAGCCCCGGGACAAAAGGCCAGCUCCCCCCAGAGGGUCCUCCACUCUGGGGCUGGCUGACUCUGGAGUGCACAUGUGA